CGGAGCAUGGGGCCAGAGGCGAAGGCUAACAUAACUAGCCAGCUAGUUUAGCCGACCUAUUUCAUAGCAGUUAACGUUACAUCACUUGGGUCUACCCACCUAUGUAACAGCAACAGAGGGGCUAGUGGCGGCUAAUUCGGCUAAUUCACCUAAAUAAGCGCAUACUGCGUCGUGACAUUGGUAUGACACGGCGGGGCAGUUAACUAGACCAAGUUAACGGCAGUGAAUGGUAUAGUGACUUAGCGAAUUUGUUGUUUGGAAGGCGCUGUCAAGACGUGUUUGGUUUCACUGGGCCCCGUUGUUGAGUUUUGGCGUUAUGUCCUGCCCGUGUACUUCGGCUUUGAGAUUAAUUUUGAAUUCUACUCAACGAGGUUUGUCAUGUUCCCGGAUUCAGUUGUUUUCUUUGAGUAGACAUGGGUCCCGUGAAACUCAUCUACCUCCCAGGGUCCGGGUGAGGUCCUUCUCAGAAACAGCUGUCUGCUAUUCCUCAAAAGAUGGGACAACAAAAGAUGGUGGAAACGAUGGUGGAAAGAAAAGCAUCAGUGAGGGGAAGAGGCUGUCUGGCUCUGGAGGAUCUGGCAAAGGGGGAAGCCAACUCCGCUGCCCGAAAUGUGGAGACCCCUGUACACAUGUAGAGACGUUUGUAUCAUCAACACGAUUCGUCAAAUGUGAGAAAUGCCAUCAUUUUUUUGUGGUUCUCUCUGAAACUGACUCUAAGAAAGGGUUAAACAAAGAGCCGGAAUCGGCUGCUGAGGCUGUGAAACUGGCAUUUGCACAGAAGCCUCCCCCUCCUCCUAAGAAGAUUUAUGCAUACCUUGACAAAUAUGUUGUUGGCCAGUCAUAUGCAAAGAAGGUGUUAGCAGUUGCUGUGUACAAUCAUUACAAACGCAUCUACAACAACAUCCCUGCUGGGAGUAGACAGCAGGUGGAGGUGGAGAAACAAGCUUCGCUAACACCACGAGAACUAGAGAUGAGAAGACGGGAGGAUGAGUACAGAUUCACAAAGCUGCUGCAAAUUGCAGGGAUCAGUCCUCAUGGCAAUGCAUUGGGAGCUUCCAUGCAACAGCAGGCUAGCCCACAGACACCCCAGGAGAGGAGGGGGGGUGAUGUUCUUGACUCCACCCACGCAGAUAUCAAACUGGAAAAGAGCAACAUUGUACUUCUGGGCCCGACUGGAUCAGGAAAGACAUUAUUGGCGCAGACACUGGCCAAAUGUCUUGAUGUUCCCUUUGCCAUUUGUGACUGCACCACAUUAACUCAAGCUGGAUAUGUGGGAGAAGACAUUGAGUCUGUUAUUGCCAAACUGCUGCAAGAUGCCAACUAUUCAGUGGAGAAAGCACAGCAAGGUAUAGUGUUUCUGGAUGAGGUAGACAAGAUCGGCAGUGUCCCUGGAAUCCAUCAGCUGAGAGAUGUCGGAGGAGAAGGAGUCCAGCAGGGAUUGCUCAAACUCUUGGAGGGCACAAUUGUCAAUGUUCCUGAGAAAAACUCCAGAAAGCUGAGAGGGGAAACGGUGCAGGUGGACACAACAAACAUCCUUUUUGUUGCGUCCGGUGCCUUCAACGGACUUGACAGAAUUAUUAGCAGAAGAAAGAAUGAAAAGUAUUUGGGCUUCGGAACGCCCUCCAACUUGGGGAAAGGGCGCCGUGCGGCAGCUGCAGCAGACUUGGCCAACACCAGCGGUGAGACGGACACAGUGGCAGAGAUUGAGGAGAAGGACAGGCUGCUGAGGCAUGUGGAGGCCAGGGAUCUGAUUGAGUUUGGAAUGAUCCCAGAGUUUGUUGGUCGUCUCCCUGUGGUAGUACCCUUACACAGCUUGGACGAAGACACCCUGGUGCGAAUCCUGACUGAGCCACGUAAUGCUGUGGUACCCCAGUACCAGGCUCUCUUUAGCAUGGACAAAUGUGACCUCAAUGUGACUCCAGAUGCUUUGAGGGCUAUUGCUAGAUUGGCUCUUGAGAGAAAAACCGGAGCUCGAGGGCUCAGAUCAAUCAUGGAAAAACUGCUUCUUGAGCCAAUGUUUGAAGUGCCUCACUCUGACAUUAUGGCUGUUGAGUUGAACAAAGAUGUUGUCCAAGGCAAAUCAGAGCCACGAUACAUCAGAGCGCCGAAUAAGGAGUCUGCAGAAGAGGAAUAUGACUCGGGCAUUGAGGAGGAGAACUGGCCUCGACAAGCAGACGCUGCCAACAACUGAGCCACCUGUAACUCAUUUCAGCAAGUCCUUACAGCCAGUGCAAUCCAACACCCAUUAGAUUACCUAGAACCUUUUGAAUACCAACUCUAAGCAGCACCAGACACCCCAACUACCACACUGUGGAGGAAAUACUAAAGGCCUGUGGUUCUCACUAAGGACUGUUUUGAUUAUCAACAAAGUUAUGAGUGUAUAACAACCCAUUGGUCCCAUUUAUCUGAUAUAUGGGGAUUCUGUAAAGGUAUUCAAAUUGUGGACCUUAUAGAAUACUUUCAAUCUCUGGGGGAUUCUUAACAUUUUUAUCCAUCUAAAUAUAAUGCAGUUUUAUUCUACAAAGGAUUAGUAGCUAGGAAAUUUUGUUCUAUUUUGUGGUGAUAGGGUUAAUGGCAAGGGAAGCAAAUGGACAUUAUUAUGGGAUCAUAAUACACUUGAAAACACGGGGCAUUUAUAAAUGCUCAGAUGUAGUGUUUUCAUGUUACAUACCACAAGUGAUGCCUUCUGUUAUAAGGGCAUGAUAUUCCAUGAGCACAUCAAUAUUUUGAUGUUUUCCUCUUAACCAUUUUAAUAAUGGUGCUCACGAUAAAAUCGAGCUGUAAAUGUGAUGCAACACGGCCUAGGUAGCGUUUGUAAGCAGUUUGUAUGACGCGAUAAACCUGUAAUUGGGAUAACGUAUCUUAAUGAUGUAAUUUACUGACACCAGCACACUACACAGAGCAGGUAACGGUAAUAGUCUUUGAGACAGCCAGACUGGUUAUUUUUGUUCAGUGUUUUCUGUUCUAGCCCACCCUCUUUUGGGGAAUUUGUGUGUGCAUAUCCAAAGACCUCUGAAUCACAUGACCAGAACGACACUUUUUUUUUUUUUAGCCUGCUUGGCCCGUCUGAAAUCUCACCUCACCUUUUGUGAUGUAAUUUUAUGUUAGUAAAUGGUAUUUCAAUAGACACGACUGUAAUCGAGCAUUUACUUCAAACGUAUUCGUCGGAUGGAACCCGUGCCGCUGUCCUCUAAAAUGCUCUAUGUGCUAUCGGAUGAGAUGAAACUAGGUUUGUUUACCCCUCACUUUAAGUUCCCUUUGCUUUCAAGUUAAGCUUUUCUUAAAAGUUUUAAGAGGUCGAUUUUAGAAGCUGGUGGCUCCACAGUUGUGAUUCAUACAUUUAUUGACAUGAUUGUUCAAAUAAUAUAAAUAAAAUGUAUCUCUGUACAGA